AUGUCUUGCAAAUUGACCCCUUGGGGGGCUGCCGCCGCUGUGCGAAAUCUCAGCGUACGGACGCGACAACCACAUACAUCCACUAUACGACGAAUAACCCGACCGAGACAAAUACCAGUACAACAGUCGCCGUUCUUAAUAACGAAGCGAGGGCUCUCAGACGACAUCAACUCGAGACCACCUCAGCCAGACGAAUAUUCCAAUCUACCCCCACCCCCUUUUCAAGACGCCUCCCCCUCAUCAUCAGAACCCGCGGCGCCGGGAGAGUACGUGCCCGUACCGCCCGAGAUAUUCGCGCCUAAUUUCCUCAAUGACGAGGCCAUCGCCGCGCUCGAGAAGGCCGCCGAGGGCCAGAGCCUGUACGAUGAGGAGACCGAGGGCCUGCUAUUCGAGAAGCCUGAAAAGGUAGGCAAGGACGAGCAGCUGCAGAGCCGGUACCACCCCGUUGUGGACCAGAUCACGAAGCUGCUCAUGAAGGACGGGAAGCUUAGCAAGGCGCAAAGACACAUGAGCCUGAUCCUAAACUACCUGCGCACGACGCCCGCACCCAAGAUCUCGCCCCUGCGCCCGCUCCUCCCGGGCUCGCCGCCGGCCGAGCAGCUGCCGCUGAACCCGUUGCUGUACCUGACGCUCGCCAUCGACUCCGUCGCGCCGCUGAUCCGGAUCCAGGCGAUCAAGGGCGCGGCGGGCGGCGGGCACGCGCUCGAGGUGCCCGAGCCGCUGGCCGCGCGCCCGCGCCGCCGCGUCGCCGUCAUGUGGAUCAUCGACGCCGUGCAGAAGAAGCGCGGCACCGGCUCCGGCCGCGCACAGUUCGCCCACCGCUUCGCGUCCGAGAUCGUCGCCGUCGUCGAGGGCCGCUCCAACGUCUGGGUCAAGCGCGAUAACCUCCACCGCCUCGGCACCGCGUCGCGCGCUAAUAUGAACCAUCCUGCGCUGAGGAAGAAGAGGUAG